AUGGACGGCGGGGCUGGGGGAGGGCGGGGGGCCGGGCGGGGGCCCGAUGCGCCCCCGGCCCUGGGCGCGCUGCUGGGCUACCGCGUCUACGCGCGCCGCUGGCUCUUCCUGCUGGUGCUGAGCCUGCUCAACUGCUCCAACGCCGCGCUGUGGCUCAGCUUCGCCCCCGUGGCCGACAUAAUCGCCCACCACUUCGUCCUCUCCACCGAGCAGAUCAACUGGCUUUCGCUUAUCUACCUCGUGGUGUCCAUCCCGUCCGGCGUGGUGGCCAUCUGGGUUCUGGACUCUGUUGGGCUUCGCUGGGCAACCAUCACGUGCGCAUGGCUGAACUUUGCUGGGAGUACAUUCAGAGCCCUGCCCUCUCUGGCCAUCAAGAUCGAGGACCCGUUUGCCUUCCUUAUGGGUGGGCAGAGCCUCUGUGCCCUGGUGCAGACCAUGGUCAUCUUCUCUCCAGCCAAGCUGGCUGCCUUGUGGUUCCCGGAGCACCAGCGCGUCACAGCCAACAUGAUCGGCACCAUGUCAAACUCCUUGGGCAUCCUGAUGGCCAACCUGCUGUCACCUACCCUGGUGAAGAAGGAGAAGGACAUCCCCUGGAUGCUGGGCAUCUAUAUCAUCCCCGCUGGCCUCGCCUGCCUCCUGGCCACUGCCUGCCUCUGGGACAGCGUGCCCCCCAGCCCGCCCUCUGCGGGGGCUGCCCGCUGCACCUCGGAGAGGUUCCUGGAGGGGCUGAAGCUGCUCCUGCACAACAGGGCCUACGUCACCCUGGCCGUGUGCUUCGGGGGCGGCAUCGGCAUCUUCUCCGGCUUUUUGGCCCUCCUGGAGCAGGUCCUCUGCGUGAAGGGCUACUCGAAGGAGUUUGCAGGCCUUUGCGGGGCCCUCUUCAUCGUUUUUGGGGUCCUGGGGGCGCUGGUUCUCAGCCUGUAUGUGGACCAGACCAAACAGUUCACCGAGGCUGUCAAGAUUGGCUACUGUCUGACCUCCGUGGUCUGCGUGGCCUUUGCCCUGGUGUCUCAGCUGCAGGGACAGACCCUCGCGCUGGUCACCAUCUGCUCACUGCUCGGGCUCUUUGGCCUCUCGGUGGUGCCCAUUGCCAUGGAGCUGGCAGUCGAGUGCUCCUUUCCCGUGAGUGAGGGUGCCGCUGCAGGCCUGGUGGUUGUGCUGGGGCAGGCUGCGGGUGCGCUCGUCGUGGUCCUGCUGACGGCCCUGAGCGUGCGGCGAGCGGAGCCGUCCACCUCCACCUGCCAGGAUGGCCAGGGCCCCCUGGACUGGAAGGUGUCCAUGCUGCUGAUGGCCGGCCUCUGCGCCCUCUUCAGCUGCUGCUUGACGCUCUUCUUCCACACCCGCUACCGGCGCCUGGAGGCUGAGGCCCGCAUGAGCCGCUCCAUCCAGGAUGACGCUGACCGCGCGCCCCAGCCGGCGGCCACCCCCUGAGGCUCCCCGAGGCUCGCCACCCCACGCCACCCCUCGGCCUCCAGUGCGGACCGUAGGAAGCUCGGGGCAGCUCGGUCCUAGAGCCGUGGCCCUGUCCCCCGCCUGUUUGUGGAGCCCUGAGGCCCUGGAGCCCCCAGGACUCGCAGAGAGGUCACGGGGUCCCUAUGGAGUCUGGAAGCCAAAGGAGCAGUUGGUCUGUCGAGAAGUGGUCCUGGGCGUGAAGGGGAGGCCAGGAGGGGCAGGCUUUGGCCACCGCGUGCCAGCAUCCAGCAGCCCGGGCACCCGCGGAGCACAGCGGGGUGGCCUACGGGAGGCCCCGAGGCCGGGGGGACAUGCAGCCGCUGGCCAGACGGGUACCCCAGCGGCCAGGCCAGGCCCGGCCCAGGGUGGCUGGCACAGGAGCAGUGACGGGGGGGGGGGGGGGGGGGGG